AUGCAAAUUGAAAUGUCAUGGGAAAAUUUUUACAUUGAAAAAGAAAACUUUAAUGAGCAAAUCGAAAUUACAGAGAGAAAUACUCCCACAGAUGCCUCUCUUUUGAGUUCAGAAGCAAGGUAA